AUGAAUGCUAAUGAAUUUAUAAAUAUUGAUACUCAUGCUCCAACAUUCAAUGAGUGGAAUGACGAUUCGGAACGACUUGUUACUUUUGAUAAUAUUACUCAAUCAAAUGAAUUAGAUGAUGAUGAAGAAAAAAUCAAUGAAGAAAUACCACCAAAGUUUUGUGAAACAAUCGAAAUGGUACGACGAUUACGUUUAUUUUCUAUUACGCAAUCUCCACAACUUCAUCAAGCUAUUACUGGUGUUGAAUCAAUGUUAACAGACAUUUAUCUUGAUUCAAAAACUUCUGUGCAAAGUACACUGGACAGUUAUUUUAAAAAAACUUAG